AUGUAAUAGAAUUAGAAAAUUCAAGGUGUUAUUCAUGCUCCUGUCAAUAACUUUCCAGAUAGAAAAUUUGAAACAAUAAAAGAAAUUGGAUAAGGAAUAUAAGGGGUUGUUUAUUUAGCCAAAUCAAUUAAUUGGGGUAUUAAUGAUGUUAGAUAAUUUGCUUUGAAGUGUUCAUUCUUCACAAAACAAGAAGAAAUUGAAUUUAUUGAUAAUCUAAUUACCUACUAGAAGAAAUAUGAAAAUCCAUUAAUGUAGUAAUAAAAUUAUGAACCUUCUGGAUUGAUUAAAAUUUUUGACAGAUUUUUAUGGAAUAAUUAAAUAAUCUUAGUGAUGGAGAUAGGAGAACUUAAUUUAUAUGAGUAUAUAAAAAAAUAAAGCUCGUUAAAAUUUGAAGAAAAACUUAAGAUUCUCAUCCAAGUAUAUAUUGAUAUUUAUUAGACAACAAAAUCUGUACAAUUUCUUCAUAAAUAGAAAUUAUUACACAGAGACAUAAAACCUGAAAACUUCAUAAAAAUUGGAGAUGAAUUUAAGCUUAUUGAUUAUGGUUUAAUAAAAUCAGAUCAAAAUAAAAUUAAAACAAAAUUUGUUGGUACCAUUCUGUUUUUAGCUCCUGAAAUAGUUGAAAAUAGAUCUGAUUAUUCUUUUGCAGUUGAUAUUUGGGCACUUGGUUGUGUUUUUUAUGAGGUUUUAACAAAAGAACCUUUAUUUAAUAGUAUUUUAUUUUAUGAAAUAUAUUUAGUGGUAAAUGAAGAUUAAGCCAAAUAGAAAAUAUUAAAUUGUAAAUAGAAUAAAGAUGCUCAUUUCAAUAAAAUUAAUUAAUUAUAAGAAAAUGAAAUGAUCAAAUAGUUACUUAGAUAGAUGCUUGAACCUAAUGAUUAAUAAAGAAUUUAAAUAAAUGAAGUUGUUGAGAUUUUGAAUCAAAUUAAAUAAAGUUAAUUAAAUUUUCCUUAAUAAAAUUUCAAAUAAUUCUAACCCUAUUAAUAAACAGUUAAUACUUAAAUAUAUUAACAGUAAAAAAUAAAUCCUCCUAUAUUUAAUCAAAUUUAGUAAUAGCUGCCACAAAAUUAAUAGGAAUUUCAAUCUUAAAAAUCGAUAUAAUUAAUUGAUACAAAAUUAACGUAAUUUAUACAUUCUAAUUUCAUACAAUAAUAAAACAAUGAAAAAUUAGUUAAAAUUAUUCAAGAGUAAAUUAAUAAAAUACAAUUAACAAUUGAAAGUUAAAUGCCUACUUAAGACUUAUUAAAAGAAAAUUCAAUAUUAAUAAAAGAAUAAUUAGGUGAUGUAUAAUAAUAAUUAUAACAGAAGAUUGAAAGCUAGCAAGAUUAAAUUAAUAAGCAAGUGGAAUAAAUUUUAAAUUAACAAUAAAAAACUGAAUAAAUGUAUAUUAAAAAUAAAGAGUUAGAGGAAAUAAUAAAACACUAAAAGUAAGAUUAGGAUUAUGAAAAUUAGAGAGAACAAAAACUUAAAAUUUAAAUGGAGAGUCAAUAAAUAUUAGAUUUGAGAAAUUAAGAAUUAGAAAGAAUAAUUUAAAAAAAUAGCUAGUUGAUUAACAACUUAGAAGUUGAUCUAAGACUAAAUAAAAAUAAAAAUAUUGAUUUAGAAGCAACUCUAAAAUAAUAAUAAUAAUAAUUAUAACAAAUUUAAGAGAAAGAAAAAGAAUAAUAAGAAAAAAUUUAAGAAUAUAAAUACAAAUUGUAGGAUCAAGAAAGUAUAAUCAUAAAUUAUUAAAACUAAGUCAAAUAGUUUGAAAUUGACUUUAGAUCUUAUUAAGAGAAAAAUAUAACUUUAGAUGAAACAAUAAAACAAUAGAAUUCUUAAAUUUUAUCAAAUAAAUUAAUAAUCCAAGAUCAUAUAAAAAUGAAUGAAUAAAUUAUACUAGAAAAUACUAAUAAACUUAAGGAAUAAGAAAGCCUGAAUUAUAAAUAAAAUUUAUAGAUAUAAGACUUAAUAAAACAAGUUAAAUUCUUUGAAGAAAAAAUAAAAACUAAAGAUAAUUAAAUUUAAGAAUAAUCAGAAUAAUUAAAUUUUUGCGAAACUAAAUGUCAAGAAUUUUAAAAGGAAAUUAGUAUUAAGAAUGAAUAAAAUAUGAAUUAGGACAAAAAGUUGUAAAAUUAACAAACAUAAAUUAGUAGAUACGAAUAACAAAAUUAAGAUCUGAAUNUAAAAUUUCAAAUAAUUCUAACCCUAUUAAUAAACAGUUAAUACUUAAAUAUAUUAACAGUAAAAAAUAAAUCCUCCUAUAUUUAAUCAAAUUUAGUAAUAGCUGCCACAAAAUUAAUAGGAAUUUCAAUCUUAAAAAUCGAUAUAAUUAAUUGA